AUGCACACCGACAAACUCCUCACCUUUUCCGACCAGUUUGUGAUUAGCUGCGGCACAAUAUCCGUUGAUAUUCCCAAGCAGAAAGUCCUUCUGCUGCACAGCCAUGACCGCGGCGUUGUUGUCCUUCCAAAGGGGCGCAAGAAUCGUGGCGAGAGCCUAGAAUCUGCAGCAGUCCGCGAGACAAUUGAAGAGACAGGAUACUCCUGCGACCUAUUGCCUCAUAUGGCCCCUGUGAAAGCACCCCUUAGUUCACAUGCAGAUCAAUCAGAUGUACCACCAUCUGAUGGUCCACAUACGGAACCCAUUGCAGUGCAGCAAUGGGUGUAUCCAGAUGGAGUCCGGAAGCUCAUUUUCUGGUUCCUUGGGGUGGCCGAUUCAACCGAAACGCCCAAUGUGCCCGUCGAGGAUGGUGAGGUGUUUGAGGCUCGGUGGCAUAGUUUCGGGGAGGCUGGACAGGAACUAAGUUUUCCAGAAGAUCGCAUGUUGGUUGAGAAGGCCGUUGAAAUUGUUCAGACAUUGGGUGCAUAA